CCUCUCUCUCUCUCAUCGCCCUCGUCGGUCAUCUUCUUCGUCUCUUCGAAUUACCGGAAAAUUCGAAUCUGUUACUGAAUUCUCCGGAUGGAUCCGUCUAACCUCGCAGUAAUCAUUGCUGCGGCUGCUUGCAGUCCCAAUCCGGAAGAGCGUAAAGCAGCUGAGCAGAGCCUCGAUCAGAUAAAGCACAGUCCGCAGCAUUUGAUAAGAGUUUUGCAAAUUGUUGUUGAUGGUGGAUGUGACCCUGCUGUACGCCAAGCUGCGAGCAUCCAUUUCAAGAACUUCAUCGCUAAGCAUUGGGAUCCUCAUUCUGGUGAUCAGAGCAAGAUCUUGCCAAGUGAUAAGAAUGUUGUCAGGGACCAGAUUCUUGUAUAUGUCUCUCAGCUUCCACCUAUUUUGAGAGUCCAAAUGGGAGAGUGCUUGAAGACAAUAAUUUACGCUGACUAUCCUGAGCAGUGGCCCCAUCUCCUCGACUGGGUGAAGCAUAACUUGCAAGAUCAACAAGUUUAUGGUGCCUUGUUUGUGUUGCGCAUUAUGUCUUCUAAAUACGAGUUCAAGUCAGAUGAAGACAGAACACCCAUUUACAGAGUAGUCGAAGAGACGUUUCCACAUCUUUUGCAUAUAUUCGACAAGCUCGUUCAAAUUGAAAAUCCUUCUCUUGAAGUUGCAGACCAUAUCAAGCUUAUAUGCAAGAUAUUCUGGUCAUGCAUUUAUCUAGAGCUUCCGAGACCAUUGUUUGAACCAAACUUUUUUAAUGCUUGGAUGGGUCUGUUCCUAAACAUUUUGGAACGUCCUGUUCCCUUAGAAGGCCAGCCUGAAGACCCUGAGCUUAGAAAAUCAUGGGGAUGGUGGAAGAACAAGAAAUGGGUUGCUCACAUUUUAAACAGGCUGUACACUCGGUUUGGAGAUCUGAAACUUCAAAAUCCAGAAAACAAAGCCUUCGCCCAAAUGUUUCAGACGAACUACGCUGCCAAGAUACUGGAGUGCCACUUGAAAUUGUUGAAUGUCAUUCGUAUCGGUGGAUACCUUCCUGACAGAGUCAUCAACCUAAUUCUACAGUAUCUAAGCAACAGUAUCCCGAAGAAUAGCAUGUACGCCUUACUGCAACCCCACCUUGAUGUUCUACUAUUUGAGAUCAUUUUCCCUCUAAUGUGCUUUAAUGAUGAUGAUCAAAUGCUUUGGGAUGAAGACCCGCAUGAGUAUGUGCGGAAGGGUUAUGAUAUAAUUGAGGAUCUGUACAGUCCCAGGACAGCAUCUAUGGACUUUGUGACUGAGCUGGUCAGAAAGCGUGGAAAAGACAACUUCCCAAAAUUUAUACAGUUCAUCGUGGGCAUUUUUAAGAGGUAUGGUGAAGCACCUCUAGAACAAAAACCAUAUCGCCAAAAGGAUGGUGCUCUGCUUGCUGUUGGGACACUCUGUGAUAAACUGAGGCAAAAUGAACCCUACAAGUCUGAGCUGGAGAAUAUGUUAGUGCAACAUGUUUUUCCUGAAUUCAGCAGCCCAGCUGGUCAUCUUAGAGCAAAGGCUGCGUGGGUUGCGGGGCAGUACGCCAACAUUAAUUUUUCAGACCAGACCAACUUUUCCAAGGCACUGCAUUGUGUUAUCUCUGGAAUGCGUGAUCCAGAACUUCCUGUUCGGGUGGACUCAGUUUUUGCUUUGCGUUCAUUCAUUGACGCCUGCAAAAAUUUAGAUGAGAUCCGUCCAGUUUUGCCUCAACUUCUUGACGAAUUUUUCAAGCUAAUGAAUGAAGUUGAAAAUGAAGAUCUUGCAUUUACUUUAGAGACUAUCGUGUAUAAGUUUGGAGAGGAGAUUUCUCCUUAUGCUUUGGGUUUGUGCCAGAACUUGGCCAGUGCAUUUUGGAAGUGUGUCGACACUGACAACGGUGAUGAUGAAGCUGAUGAUACUGGUGCGUUGGCUGCAGUGGGAUGUCUCCGUGCCAUCAGUACAAUUCUUGAAUCUAUCAGUAGUCUCCCUCAUCUCUAUGGUCAGAUUGAACCAUACUUGCUGCCAAUAAUGCGUAAAAUGCUGACAACUGAUGGUCAAGAUGUGUUUGAAGAGGUUCUUGAGAUCGUCUCAUACAUUACUACUUUUUCACCCACAAUAUCGUUGGACAUGUGGAGUUUAUGGCCUUUAAUAAUGGAAGCACUCGUAGAUUGGGCUGUUGACUUCUUUCCAAAUAUAUUGGUCCCUCUGCACAACUACAUAUCCAGGGGUACUGAGCAUUAUCUUACUUGCAAGCAACCAGAUUACCAGCAAAGUCUUUGGAGUGUGAUUUCUUCGCUUAUGGCGAACAAAAAUAUUGAUGAUAGUGACCUUAAGCCAGCUCCGAAGCUAUUAGGGAUCGUGCUUCAGACUUGUAAGGGCCAUGUGGACCAAUGUGUGGAGCCUUACUUGAGAAUCACAUUAGAUCGGCUACGAGGUGCUGAGAAAUCCUCCUUUAAAUGUCUUCUGAUUGAAGUGGUUGCAAAUGCCUUUUACUACAAUGCCCCUUUGACACUUGGCAUAUUGCAACGCUUUGGUUUCGCAACUGAUAUUUUGACGAUAUGGCUUCACAUGCUGCAAGAAAAGAAGAAGAGUGGUGCACAUGCUAACUUCAAGGGAGAACACGAUAAGAAAGUUUGCAUCUUGGGUUUGACAUCAAUUCUCAGUCUUCCGGCUGGUCAAUUGCCCGGAGAAGUCUUGCCACCUGUAUUCAGGGCUCUUCUUGAGCUUUUAGUGGCAUACAAGGAUCAACUUGCUGAAGCUGCAAAGGCAGAAGAGGAAGAAGAGGACGAAGAUGGUGAUGACGACAACAUGGAUGACUUUGAGACAGAUGAUGAGGAUGAUGAGGAGAAUCCUGAUGAAACUGAUGAGAGUAAACUCCGCAAGUUAGCAGCACAGGCAAAGGACUUCCGCUCUUACAGCGAUGAUGAUGAGUUUUCGGACGAUGAUUAUAGUGAUGAUGAGGAAUUAGACUCUCCCAUUGAUGAAGUGGAUCCUUUCAUACUCUUCAUGGAUGCAGUCACAGCAAUGCAAGCAACAGACUCGCUCAGGUUCCAAAGCCUUAGGCAGACACUAGACCCACACUACGAAGGGCUGGCAAACAAUAUAGCUCAGCACACGGAACAGAGAAGAGCUGAGAUUCUUAAGGAGCAACUUGAGAAGCAGCAAUCUUCUACAACAGUUGCUUCCUGAUUUCAGAUGGCUGCAUUAUUUUUUUGCUUGUAAGCCUUUUAAUCCAAAAAGGAAGUAGACAGGCUUAUCUUAGGUGAGUCUUUGGUCGACUCAUCAUGUCUCAGAGAUAUCAGUCUCUGCCAUCUCCAGUUUUGCAUUUUUUUUUUUUUUUUGGUUUUUAUCAUCCAAUAAGACCAAAACAAAAGAACAUUCUUUUUUCCUUUUCAGACAACAGAUUAACCCCCUUUGGAGGGGUGUUUUAUGUUCUCCGAUUGGGAUUGGAGGGCAUAUAUUUAUAAAACUAUGGGAUUUUAUGUUAGUUUAAUUAUAAUCAUUUAUGUUUGUGGCA